AUGUUUAUCAAGUUGAUGAUAUCCUGGUUACCAAAAGUCUUGAAUCAUAUCAUAUCAAAAUUUACAACUAUUCUCAUCAAGCAAGUUUUGUAUCCUACAUUUACCGUGAUAAAUUAUUUAUUGAAGCAAAUGGACAUGAAAGCCAUUAAAAAACGAAGCAAGGGAAAUCCACGAGAAAAAAACAUGGCACAAGUACAACGAAGAAUUGUUCACAAACAAUUUAACUCACCAAUUGCCCUCUACUCCGAUACGAACGUUAAGGAAACUCUGAAUAGAGAACUGAAGCUUCUCGAUAACGGAGCUGUCGGGACAAUGGAAUUGACGAAGUGGGGAAGUUUCGUUUAG